CGGCGACGACGACGAGGGUUUAGGGUUUUCGCGCAUCCUUCGUUCUUGAAUCGCUUCCCUCCCCAUCCAUGGACGCUCCCCAUCCACCAAGCCACCUCAAAGCCCACAAGAAGAGCAGGAAGAACCAAACCCCUGAAAUCAGUUUCCAGAUCAACCUGAAUUCGCUAUCCAGAACCAAAGAUUUGCCGGGCGCCAUCGCCCUGUACGAGGAAGCCGCGACAUCGCAGGGCGUCCGCUUCAACCAGCACCAUUUCAAUGCCCUCCUCUACAUCUGCUCCAACUCCGUGGCCGACCCUUCGCUCAAAGACUCCGCCUUGGAUCACGGGUUCCGGAUUUACGAGCACAUGGAGUCCUGCAAGAUCGCCCCCAACGAAGCCACCGUCACCGCUGUCGCGAGGCUCGCCUCGGCGAGGGGGGACGGGGACCGCGCUUUCGGGUUGGUCCGGAAGAUGGGGGAGCGCGGGAUCGCGCCUCGGCUGCGCACGUACGAUCCAGCAUUGUAUUGCUUUUGCGAGAUGUUGGAGGCGGACAAGGCGUACGAGGUGGAGGAGCAUAUGCGGAGCGCGGGGCUGAGUUUGGAGGAGCCGGAGCUCUCGGCUCUGUUAAGGGUUAGCGCCGAGACGGGUAGAGAGGAGAGGGUUUAUGAGUAUAUGCAUAAGUUGAGGGAUUGUGUCAGGUGCGUGAGCGAAGAGACUGCCAAGUUAAUCGAGCGUUGGUUUUGCGGAGAGAAGGCUGUUGAUGUUGGCAAUGCGAAUUACGAUCGAAGUAGUGUUAAAGCCGUGGUUUUGAGGAAUGGAGGAGGAUUUCAUGGUCUUGGGUGGAUUGGGAAGGGAAACUGGGUAGUGAGAAGAGGUAAUGUGGAUGAAAAUGGGGUUUGUAGUUGCUGUGGAGAGCAACUGGCUUGUGUGGAUAUUGAUGAUAUGGAAACUGAGAGCUUUGCUAGUUCUAUUGCAGCAUUGGCCUUGGAAAGGGAGACAAAGGCAAAUUUUAGUGAGUUUCAGGAUUGGCUCGAAAAGCAUGCUAAUUACGAUGCCAUAGUCGAUGGAGCAAACAUUGGCCUCUAUCAACAGAAUUUUGCUGAUGGUGGCUUCAGUGUUCCUCAGCUUGAUGCCGUUGUGAAAGAACUGUAUGGAAGCAGCAAAGGCAAAUGGCCACUUGUUGUCUUGCACAAUAAGCGCCUUAAAGGUCUUAUGGAAAGUUCUUCCCACAAGCAGCUGCUUCAGGAGUGGAUAGAUAAAGGUGUUUUGUACGCUACGCCAAGUGGAUCUAAUGAUGAUUGGUAUUGGCUAUAUGCUGCUGUGAGGCUCAGGUGUCUUCUUGUGACGAAUGAUGAAAUGCGAGAUCACAUUUUCGAACUCCUAGGAAGCAAAUUUUUUUCCAAAUGGAAAGAGAGACAUCAGGUUCGAUACACAUUUGUAAAAGGUAGUCCAGUGCUUAUAAUGCCACUCUCAUUUUCUCCAGUCAUCCAGGAAUCUGAGAAAGGGUCUUGGCAUGUGCCUGUCAAGGAUGACAGCAAUGAGGAAAUUGUGAGAACUUGGGUAUGCAUCACCAGGCCAAGCAUCUGGGAGAGUUCCAAUGGAGUUUUAGCAAGUAAAGAAUCUCCUGAAGGUAGCAAUAAAUUCCUUAAUAAUCAUAAAUUAUUAAAUUCAUGCAAACCAGAAACUACUGCAAAGGACAGCAAUACACUAGGCAGCAUCGGUUUUUCUCAGGAUUGCAUGAAUAAUACUAACACCAUGACACGUAAAAGAAAAGACAGGUCUUCAUCUCCUUCACCAGUGGCAUCUUCCUCUUAGGCGCAGUUUUCCUAACAGCAAAAUGAGCAGAGAAAAUGCUUGAAUCGGAUUUUGUAAGUUGAUGAUUGAGAUGCUCUGCUCAGGAAUGAGUUUUGCGGAGAUAUCAUUGUAAUCCGAAUAAUCAAUUUUGUAUGCGAUGAUUCUCUUCUAUGUUGAAUCACCAGAUCAUUGCUGGUGUACAUCUUUUCCAGUUUCUAGAUCAUGGCAUACCGUUCUUUAUUCCGUGUUAAAAACUUGCAUGGAAGCAAACUGAAGAAUAUUCCAAGAUCUGUAUCUGUUCCUUGUACAUCAACUUAGGUUGUACUUGCCAGUCAUUUCAGGGGAACAUCUAUUUGUGAUUCUGAAACAUCCAGUGAAAUUUGGAUUUUCAUGCUU